UGGCUAGCUAUAAGUCAUGCUGACAUUUCAGGAUUGACAAUAAGCCACUAUAUAAACGAUCACGAAAACAAAGAAACUAAGGAAGACAUGGAGUUACCAAUAUUUGAUUUGAGCACACUAAUGAAAGCCACAGAUAACUUUUCAAGUCUAAACAAGCUUGGACAAGGCGGAUUUGGACGUGUUUAUAAGGGUAUAUUGAUAGAUGGGAGAGAAAUUGCCGUUAAAAGGCUUUCGGAAAGUUCCGGACAAGGACCGACGGAAUUCAAAAAUGAAGUCAUCAUGAUCUCUAAACUUCAACACAGAAAUCUUGUUAGACUUUUGGGUUGCUGCAUUCAGAGAGAUGAGAAGAUGUUGGUCUAUGAAUUCAUGCCAAACAAGAGCUUAGACUUUUUCAUAUUUGAUGAAAUGAGAAUCAAAUUUCUGGAUUGGGAUAAACGCGCCCACAUUAUCGAUGGAAUAGCAAGAGGACUUCUGUAUCUUCAUCAAGACUCAAGACUGAGAAUUAUUCAUAGAGAUCUCAAAGCCAGUAAUGUUUUGUUAGAUAAGGAUAUGAACCCAAAUAUUUCAGAUUUCGGUAUGGCAAGAAUAUUCGGUGGAGACCAGACAGAAGCAAAUACAAAUAAAGUGGCAGGAACAUUUGGCUAUAUGUCUCCGGAGUAUGCAGUCGAUGGGCUUUUCUCGAUGAAAUCCGACGUCUUUAGCUUCGGCGUAUUAGUACUAGAAAUAGUAAGUGGGAAGAAAAACAGAGGAUGCUUUGCCGAACCCGAAACAGCCCGGAUUUUUCACAGAAAGGAAUAUGCCCGAAUCAGAUUGUUCAUCGAGUAGGAAUGAAUCACAAUCAGUAAAUGAAAUGAGUAAUACAUGUCUGGAAGCACGGUAGAAGGUUACUUAAAACCCAAUGUUUGAAAUAUUAAAGCAUGCUCAUAGACUAAUAUCUUCUUGAUUUGAUUUUA